AGCAAUACUGAAUGAUUUUCCGAAAAGAAGUGUGUUAGUAUUAGAGAGCUAACACAGAUAUGCUGAAAUGAAAGCAGAAGCUCUUGAUGCAGAAGAUAACAAAAGCUCUCUCCAACAAAAACCUCUUCUUCUUCUUCUCAUUCUCUACACAUUCUUCUUCUUCUUCUUCUUCUUCUACGAUCCCAUCACAUAUACAAAUACCCAACCUCGUUUCCUUCUACUUCCCUCUCCUCCACACUUCCCCAAGCCCAACCCAUCUUCGCCAUCUCCACGCUCGCCUCCUUCGUACUUCCCUCUACAGCAAUAUAAUCCUCAGUUCCAAGCUACUUUUAUCAUAUUCCCGCCUCAACAAACUUUCCCCAGAUGCUCUCUCCGUCUUCUUCCACAUGCCCCACAGGAACAUCUACUCCUGGAACAUCAUAAUCGGAGAGUUUUCACGUUCUGGGUCGCCCCUCAAAUCACUAGAAUUGUUCCUCCAAAUGCGUAACUCCGAUGUUCUACCCGAUGUUUUCACGGUUCCUCUUGUUCUGAGGGCUUGUGCUGCUGCUGGGUCGAUCGAUUGCGGGAUUUUGGUACAUGGGUUUUGUGUGAAGAUGGGAAUGGAGAGGAGUUUGUUUGUUGCUUCUGCUUUGGUUUUCAUGUAUAUGACUUUUGGGAAAGUUUUUUAUGCAAGGGUUGUGUUUGAUGAAAUGCCUCUGCGGGAUUCGGUGUUGUGGACAUCCAUGUUGGCUGGGUAUGCUCAAAAUGAGGAGCCCAUGUUGGCCUUGUCUGUGUUUAGGGACAUGGUUUGUGUAGGAGUUGAGCUUGAUGGGGUGGUUAUGGUGAGCUUGCUUUUGGUUUGUGGCCAAUUGGGUUGGUUGAAGCAUGGGAAGAGUGUUCAUGGGUGGUGUGUGAGAAGGUGUAUAGGCGUAGGGUUAAGUUUAGGGAAUGCUUUGAUUGAUAUGUAUGUAAAAUGUGCCGCAUUGUGUUAUGGGCGUAACGUGUUUGAUAAAAUGCCGGAGAGAGAUGUCAUUUCGUGGAGUGCUUUGAUCUUAGGGUACGGAUUGGGCGGUUGUUUAGAUAUUGCUUUCGGGCUUUUUGAUCAGAUGCGUAUGCAAGGAGUAAAACCCAAUGACGUAACGUUUCUUGGUGUUUUGUCUGCUUGUACCCACGGUGGAUUGGUGGAAACUGCACGGUCUUGUUUCAAAAUGAUGAAGGAUUAUGGUGUGGUGGCCGAACUUAAACACUAUGCUUGUAUGAUUGAUUGCUUGGGCCGAGCAGGGCUGCUUAUAGAGGCUGAAAGGCUUAUUGAGGAAAUGCCGAUGACGCCUGAUGGGGCUGUACUUGGGGCUCUAUUAGGGGGAUGUCGAGUUCAUGGUAAUCUUGAGGUUGGGGAACGAAUUGCAAAGAGACUCAUUGGGUUGGAGCCAGAGAGGACCGGGUAUUAUGUCCUUUUGGCCAACAUUUAUUCCGAUGCUGGUAAAUUUGAUGAUGCAGGGAGAAUUUGGGACAUUUUGAAACAAAGGAAUAUGUCUAAAGUACCCGGUUGGAGUCUGAUAGAGUCAAAGAGUUGUUUCCAAUAUUUGCCUAAGGAUAAAAUUUCAUCUAGUUUUAAAACCAGCUGAAGUCUGGACUCUGGAGAGCAUGGUGGCCAAGGGUCUGUAUAAUUUACUUACACGGAAUAUGGAAUGAAGAAAAAAGUGUACAUUGCCAUUGGACAAGGUGUAUAGAACAAUGACUACACAAUUGUUGCAAUUUUUUCAUAAUAUGAAAGGUUUGGCACGUA